UGAUGUGUUUUCAAAGUGUUCCUGUAAUUUUUUUGAGCAGUUUAUUUGAAAAGAAAGCCACAUCUGUGUGCCACCUCAGUGCUUCUAAGGCUUCUGCAGUGACCUUUCAAACGCCACCGGGGGGGGUGUGGCUUCCUAACGAAAAACCAAAUCACAGUAAAUUUUCAUGCCAUGUGGUUGAUUUUCUUUUGUUUUAUUUCUGUGUUUCAGUGAGAACUCACACAAGCGAAUAGAAAACUGUGUUAUAUUGUAUGAGUAUCCCGUACUCCUCACAUUUUACGUCAUUCGAAUCCCAAAUUUUACCUGCAUAUCUCGAAUCGGAAAAGUGUUCCAUGUGGCUAUUUAUGCCCUAAAGUUUGUUUUCUCACCUACUGGAUUUCUUUUCAGCUCCGUGAUUGGCGCCUGGUCUUCAGGAACUGGAGGUGCUGGAAUUUUUGGGGCCCUCUCUUACUCUGCCUUAACACAGGGAGGCUUGUCACCCCGGGACACCUUACUGGUGAUGCUCAUUGUUCCUGCUCUUAUGAUGGCCAGCUAUUUUUGUCUUCUGGUGCACCCACCUUCUCUGCCGCAGUGGAAGAGGAAGGCCGACGGCCAUUUCAUAUCCUCCGAAGUCAGGCGUCCUCUUCUGGAAGAUGAGGAACCCAACAAUGACGUCAGAGAGGCUGUUGACCUGAGCUUCACUGAGAAACUGUCUAUCAUUAGGGGCCUGCUGAAGUUCAUGGUUCCCCUGGCUGUCGUCUAUUUUGCCGAGUACUUCAUCAAUCAGGGCCUGUUUGAGCUCCUGUAUUUUCCCCACGCGCCACUGAGGCAUUCAGAGCAGUACAGAUGGUAUCAGACGCUCUAUCAGGCGGGAGUCUUUGUGUCGAGAUCGUCGCUGAUGUGCGUGCAGAUUAGACGAAUCUGGCUGCUGGCUCUUCUGCAGUGUGUCAACAUGUUCUUCCUGCUGCUCGCUGUGUACUAUCAGUUCAUCCCCAGCGUCUACAUCGUCUUCAUCAUUAUCUUCUACGAAGGUCUCCUGGGAGGUGCUGGCUACGUGAACACCUUCAACAACAUCAGCCAAGAGCAGAGCACAAAGGAUUGGCGAGAGUUUGCAAUGGGAGCGGCGAGCGUGGCGGACACACUGGGCAUUGCACUGUCGGGCGCCAUCUCCAUUCCAGUGCAUAAUUACCUGUGCCAGCUGCCUUGAUGAUGGGAAAACACAAGUUGUGAUCGCCGAGGCUGCGUGGGUCACUCCACGAAACUGGAGUGAUGGUGGGAACAGAGGCAGGACUGGGAACCGUUUUAAGGUGAAAUCUCCCUGUCGUCCACAUCUUGCAUUUCUAAAGCUUCGUUCCCCCAGGCACUGCCCCUCAGAAUCUCCUCAUGCCAGAGAGCAGGGUGGGAGAUUAAAUACCUGCAGGGGGCGCCGCGAGGAGAGGGCAAAGCGUCUGCAGGUCUCCUCAGCAGACUGAGGGUGGAGGUUGGCAUUGUGCCAUUUUAUUUCUGUGACAAAUAAAAAUUUCCUUUAACGCACUU